AUGUCCAUUGACUCUGCUGUCGCUCAACUUCUGUCCCUGGACCCAGAAAAGACCACACUAUCCGGCGCUGGAGCAGGAUCAAGCUUCGCAUCAACAUCCAAAAUCACAGCCAAACUCAGCGAUGGCACAGAAAAACAAUUCUUCAUGAAAACAGGUUCAGGAAAAGAAGCCUCGGUCAUGUUCGAAGGUAAAAACCCGUCUUCAGCAAUUUGA